AUGCCGUGGCAGUCUGGCAGAGGCCAAGCCUCGUGUCACUUGCUCUGCUCUUCUUCCGUCCCCCCCAACAACCACGAGAUAGGCGCCGGCGGUCGCAGGCGACUGAAGCUAGCCUCCGCGUCCGAUCCGGCGGCCAUGGAGAAGCUCGGCGCGAACCCGGCGAACUCCUGCCCGCUCACGCCGCUCGGCUUCCUGGAGCGCGCCGCCACCGUGUACGGCGACUGCCCCUCCGUCGUGUACGGCGGCACCGUCUUCACCUGGUCCCAGACCCACCGCCGCUGCCUCCGCCUCGCCUCCGCGCUCGCCUCCCUCGGCGUCUCCCGCCGCGACGUCGUGUCCGUGCUGCUGCCGAACGUGCCGGCCAUGUACGAGGCGCACUUCGGGGUGCCCAUGAGCGGCGCCGUGCUCAACAGCAUCAACACGCGCCUCGACGCGCGCACGGUGUCGGUCCUGCUCCGUCACUCGGGGUCCAGGCUCAUCCUCGUCGACCCGGCGCUGGUGCCGGUGCUCGACGAGGCGCUCCGGCUCCUCCCGCCGGGCCACCCGGCGCCGCGCGUCGUGCUCGUCGAGGACCCCCAGGAGAAGGACUUCUCUCCCGCCCCCGCGGCGGCCCUGACGUACGAGAAGCUGCUGGAGAUGGGCGACCCGGAGUUCAAAUGGGUCCGGCCGGCCAGCGAGUGGGACCCGAUGAUACUCAACUACACCUCCGGCACCACGUCGGCGCCCAAGGGCGUCGUGCACUGCCACCGCGGCAUCUUCGUGGUCACCAUGGACUCGCUCGUCUCCUGGUCCGUGCCGGAGCAGCCGACGUACCUGUGGACGCUCCCCAUGUUCCACGCCAACGGCUGGAGCUUCCCGUGGGGGAUGGCCGUGGUGGGCGGCACCAACGUCUGCCUGCGCCGCGUGGACGCCGCCGAGGUCUACGACACCAUCGCCCGCCGCGGGGUCACGCACCUCUGCGGCGCGCCCGUCGUUCUCAACAUGCUGGCCAACGCGCCCGAGGGCGUGCGGAGGCCGCUCCCGGGGAAGGUGCAGAUCCUCACAGCCGGCGCGCCGCCGCCGGCCGCAGUGCUGGGCCGCACGGAGGCCAUCGGGUUCGACGUCAGCCACGGGUACGGGCUGACCGAGACUGCGGGGCUGGUGCUGUUGUGCGCGUGGAAGGGCGAGUGGAACAAGCUGCCGGCGUCGGAGCGCGCGCGGCUCAAGGCGAGGCAGGGCGUGCGCACCCCCGGCAUGGCCGAGGUGGACAUCGUGGACGGCGAGACCGGCCGCAGCGUGCCGCGGGACGGCGCCACCAUGGGCGAGAUCGUGCUCCGCGGCGGGUGCGUCACCAUGGGCUACUUCAAGGACGAGGACGCCACCCGGGCGGCGAUCCGGGACGACGGGUGGUUCUACACGGGGGACGUGGGCGUGAUGCACCCGGACGGGUACCUCGAGAUCCGCGACCGGUCCAAGGACGUGAUCAUCAGCGGCGGCGAGAACAUCAGCAGCGUGGAGGUGGAGUCGCUGCUCUACGGCCACCCGGCGGUGAACGAGGCGGCGGUGGUGGCGCGGCCGGACGAGUUCUGGGGCGAGACGCCGUGCGCGUUCGUGAGCCUCAAGGAGGGCGCGUCCGGCGCGGUGACCGCGGCCGAAGUGAUCGCCUGGAGCCGGGAGCGCAUGCCAGGGUACAUGGUGCCCAAGACCGUAGUGUUCCGCGCCGAGCUGCCCAAGACGUCCACCGGCAAGAUCCAGAAGUACGUGCUCCGGAACCUCGCCAAGGAGAUGGGGCCGACCCGCAGGGGCGUCGGCACCACCACCAGCAAGAUGUAG